GCAGGCGCAGCACUAGGGUUGGUUUACAUGAUACGAAUUGCAAUCCGAUUGGUGGCAACAAGCCGCCAGAGGAUGUUGUAAGUUAGCAGCAGUGGAGCAGACAGUGAGUGAGGAACAUUCACAGUGCGUGAAUUAAAAUGAAGGUUAUAGCGAAACGUGACAAACGCAUGUUCUUGUAGACGUAAUAUACAAACUUCCAAUUUUUUAAAAGUGUGUUGAUAUUAUAACCUUUGGUACGCGUCGAUUUUACGUUUUUGUGAGACAACAUGUCAUCAAGAACGAAAGUCACAGAAAAGAGUGUUGGUGCUGUUAGUAAAGCAGUGGGGUCGGUGUGGAGCAGAGCAUUCACCUCCAAUUCAGAAUGGCCAGAUAAAGAGGAAUUCCUUGAUGUGAUCUAUUGGUCUAGACAAGCCCUUGGAAUUAUAAUUGGAUUGGUGUGGGGUCUAAUCCCUUUGAAAGGAUUUAUUGCCUUGUUGUUGUUUGUGCUAGUAAAUGCCGGACUGAUUUAUAUUUAUUUUACAAAUUUUCAAAGUAUUGAUGAAGAGGAAUAUGGUGGUGCUUGGGAAUUAACUAAAGAAGGUUUUAUGACCUCUUUUGCAGGAUUUCUGAUGGAGGUGGAUGAAAAGCCUUUCAAAGGUGAAGGAUUUCGUCCAUACUACAUUACAAAGAUAGAGGAAUUACAGUUGAUAGUAGCAGAGAAAAGUCAAAAUUUGCGUCGGUUACAAGCACAACGGAAUGAACUCAAUGCAAAAGUACGGAUGUUGAGGGAAGAAUUGCAGCUUCUUCAAGAACAAGGUUCUUAUGUUGGUGAAGUGGUGAAACCUAUGGAUAAGAAAAAGGUUCUUGUAAAAGUUCACCCAGAAGGAAAGUUUGUUGUUGACCUUGAUAAAAAUAUUGACAUCAAUGAUGUAACGGCUAAUUCACGAGUAGCUUUACGCAAUGAGAGCUACACAUUACACAAAAUUUUACCAAAUAAGGUUGAUCCUUUGGUUUCUUUAAUGAUGGUUGAGAAAGUUCCUGACAGUACUUAUGAAAUGGUUGGUGGUUUAGAUAAACAAAUCAAAGAAAUUAAGGAAGUAAUUGAAUUGCCUGUAAAGCAUCCAGAACUUUUUGAUGCUUUGGGCAUAGCCCAACCAAAAGGGGUACUUCUUUAUGGACCACCUGGAACAGGAAAGACUUUACUUGCACGUGCUGUGGCCCAUCAUACAGAAUGUACAUUUAUUCGUGUUUCUGGCUCUGAACUGGUCCAGAAGUUCAUUGGUGAAGGAUCCCGAAUGGUUCGUGAACUAUUUGUAAUGGCCAGAGAACAUGCUCCUUCUAUAAUCUUCAUGGAUGAAAUAGAUUCAAUUGGUUCCUCUAGAAUUGAAUCUGGAAGUGGAGGAGAUUCUGAAGUACAGAGGACCAUGCUUGAACUUCUUAAUCAGUUGGAUGGAUUUGAAGCUACAAAGAACAUAAAGGUCAUCAUGGCCACAAAUAGAAUUGACAUUCUGGACCCAGCUUUACUGCGUCCUGGUAGAAUUGAUCGCAAAAUUGAAUUUCCUCCUCCAAAUGAGGAAGCUCGUCUUGAUAUUUUGAAAAUUCACUCUCGUAAAAUGAACCUAACUCGUGGAAUUAAUCUUCGCAAAAUAGCUGAACUUAUGCCUGGAGCAUCCGGAGCAGAAGUGAAGGGUGUGUGUACCGAAGCUGGCAUGUAUGCACUUAGAGAACGUCGUGUGCAUGUUACUCAGGAAGAUUUUGAAAUGGCAGUUGCAAAAGUUAUGCAGAAAGACUCAGAGAAAAACAUGUCCAUCAAGAAAUUGUGGAAAUAAGUGGUUUUUAUGGCAUAUCAUUUCAAACAUGGAAGUUUUGUUUUCUAUGAAAGGAACUAUGAUAGAUUAAUGAAAUAUGUAACCACCCUAACAGUCUGUGUCAUUAAAUUUUUCGUCUUGUGAAUUGUUUUAAUACUAGAGGUUGAAAAAAAUAAAUUUCUAUAAGUUUGACAUGCAACUUUUUUAGUUUUAAAUAGGCUUUCAAUAACAAGCAAUGAAAAAUCAACCCAAUUAACUCAACAGGUUUUUUAUUUAUUUCAAAGUUUAUUCCAAGAAAUGUCAACCUAAUAAAGAAAAUUAAACCAAAUAGAUCCUUCUUAAAGUCUUUGAAGCCAACCCUUGGGCUACUGCAUCCUAAACUUACCACUCAGUGAGAAAAAAGUAAAAAAUUAACAAAUCCAAUAAAUUAAAAAAAAAAAAAGCUCCACCUUAGAGUUAAGGUUAUUUUUCAUCAUUG